AUGAAGCUAGUUUGUCUCUUCCUUUUAGUGGUGUCUGCAUUUUGCAGAGAUUGCGAUAUGAAUCCAAUAAGCCGUGAGGUGCAAGAAGCUGGAUGGUUGUUGCCUGGGGGAUCUGUCAACUUGAGAUUUACUUGUCGGCACAGACAGAAGGCUCGAGAAUAUGCAAAGUAUAAUGUCAGAGGAAACCUGGAUGCGUUGAUCGAAGAAUUUUUGCUGGAGACGCCUCCGAGAAUAAUAGCUAGAAGAUUGUGGUUCAAGUUCAAAGAACUAGAACGUGUACCAACCCUACAAAUGCCUAUGGUGGACAAGGUGUACUUCGCAUGCUUCACGGGAGAAACAUCAAUAGCAUGUUCCUCCUCAUUUUGGCCUCUGGGAAAACCUUUCCCAUUUUUCAUGGAGAAUGAUGCAGACAAUGAAGUUGAAGAUUAA